AUGGCGAAGACAACCAAGCUUGGAGCUGUUUUGUCCGAUCUGGCCCCAGGCACGUGGUACCAGUUCCGUCUGUUAGCAUUGUCUAGUGAAGGUUACGGUGGCUGGGGUCAACCGAGUCGACCAAUCAGAGUGCGCUCUAGACCCGAGCCCCCGAUGAGUCCACGCAAUCUGACGGAAGCAAAGACGCGCAUUUUUGAGAACACUGUGGAUGUGACCAUUAAUUGGCAACCACCUAAGGGUGUUAGUCUUCCACUGAAGAAAUAUCAGGUUAAAGCUGUUGCGGUAUUUGAAGGCAAAGAGUUAAAAAGCCAUCCAAUCAGCCUAUACCUGAACACAAUUCCCAUACCAUCAAGACAAAUGGAAAACGAAAGUCAACGGCGGAAGCAGUAUUUGGUGGACUGGGCACCAAGAGUUUGUAUCGAAUCUCAGUCGAACUUAGGACAAGAUGAUUAUGUACCUCAGCGACAAACUGUGAGGGGAUCGGAAUUGUCCAAAGUUACGCUUGGUAACCUGCGGUUUCAGUGUCACUACAAAGUCACAAUCAAACCAGUUACUGAACGAAAAGACCCUACGCAUCGAGAAUGGUUCGCUUGCUUUUGUACACCUUCUUGCCAGUCCGCUUUGAUGAAUUCGGAUAUCCCUCCUCCAAACUGUUCAUUUAUUACCACUUUAGAGACAAUUCAGCCAAUGCGGCUCACCUAUACUGUUCUCCCGGAAACUCGAACGACGCAUGACAGUGCACAUAUUUCACUUGGAAAGCAAGACAAGCAACGUUCCCUAUGCAGAACAACAUAUAAUGCCAUGCUUAACUGGACUCCACUACCCGCGGAAGUGGAUGUGGAAUCUAGACGGAGUUUUCGAGCCUUGAACAACGUUCGCACCAGCAAGCACGUAUCAACCGCGAGUAUUCGCGGAGUCCGUGUUACCUGGGGACCGAGGAUCUACGAGCCCGUUGCGCUGGAAGCCUACCAGAACGGUCUGUUCCCUCAUCUCGAUCCGGAGAGUGCACAAUCUAAGGUGCUCGAUCCGAAAUCUUCGACAUUUAUCCUUAAAGGCCUCCAUCGGGAAACUCUGUAUAUAGUUCACGUGCAGCCCAUUGGAGACCAUUCGGACGGGCCGACUUCCACAGUUUUCUUCUCCAUUCCAAAUAACGCAGAAUCCAGUGCGCCCGCGUCACGUGAGAAAUAUCCCUUUCUGGUCAUCGCCGUGUUCAGUGUUGUCAUGACUUUCUACCUCAAUUAUUCGUAG